AUGGCCGGGUUGAGCACAUUCGAAGCGACGGCGACACCGGUCAAGGCUCGCGCGGCGAUGAAGAGCGGCACGCAUUGGCACAGUGCCGCCAGCACCGUGGCAGAGAUGAAGAGGAUCAAUGAUGCCCUCCGAGGGGAUGGACUGGGCCGAUAUAAACACGACGGCAGUGUUGGCGCUGGUGCGCUACAACCGCGGGUCGAGCGUAUAGUGGCAGGCCUCAAAGUCAGCUAUGAGAAAAGAUGGAUCAUCGUGGAGAAACAUCUGCUCACCCAGGCUGAAGACUUCAAGAACGUAAGGGGUGGCAGCAAAAGAGGGCAGAUGACAAGCAUCCGUGCGCUUCUACGGCUCUUCAUACAUGCUAGACCAGCUGGAGAGGGGUGUGCCGAAUGCAAAGCCAACCUGGCCCGAUACCAGGCGGAAGCCGAAACGGACAACAUGGAGAUCCGGGAGGCUUGGAUCGACAUCUCCCUAAAGGAGCUUACUCGGCUUCAACGCGACGAGAGCGCCAAACAAGUUCUCUACGUCAGCAAUACCGCCGGUAAGACCCAGCCCACCGCUACAACCGGUAUAUCAGCAAGAACAAAUGACCAUGCCAGAGAACUUACAAAGGGUGACAAAAAUGAGCAGCGCCGGCGACGAGCACAAUCUUCCACUUUAAGAGAAUCUGCACAUCGCUGGUGUAGCUUGGUCGCCAGACGAAUCAUGGACAAGGCGCAGGCCCUGCGUGAGUUCCUCAUGCGGUACACGACUGGCAGUCAAUUCUGCAGGACCAUCGACGAGAUGCCGGAAAUUCUGUUCUACCGACGCAAGAUCGAGGGUGCAGAAGCUCUCCUGGCAUACGAGACCAAUGUACUACAGCAGGAGCUGCACAAAUGGCAGCUCAUUGCUCCCGAACCACCGCCUGUCCUGGAUACAACUUGCGCCGAUCGAGAAAAGACGGGCUGA